CGGCGUGCCCGGGCGGCGGGGACAGGGAGGAGAGUUCGUCAUGGCGCAGUACACGAGGGGUGCUGCCUCCGUGGCCGUCAUCCGGCUCCGCAACCCGCCUGUCAACGCGCUGAGUUUGACAGUUCUCCAGGCAUUAGAGGAUGGCCUGAAGAAAGCAGAUGCAGAUCCUUCAGUGAAAGCUGUUACGAUUUGUGGCGAAAAUGGGAAAUUCAGUGCAGGAGCUGACAUUCAAGGAUUUUCUUCUCCAAGGAGCCAUGGUACUUUCUUGGGCCCCAUCGUGUCUCUCAUAGAAAGGAGUGAGAAGCCUGUGGUGGCUGCCAUCGAAGGCAUUGCCUUGGGAGGAGGCCUGGAGAUAACACUUGGCUGUCACUAUCGGAUUGCACAUGUGAAGGCACAGUUGGGUUUACCAGAGGUCACCCUUGGGUUACUUCCAGGUGCUGAAGGCACUCAGCGACUUCCCAGACUGAUUGGGGUACCAGCUGCUCUGGAUAUAAUCACUACAGGAAGACAUAUUCCUGCAACUGAAGCACUGAAACUGGGCUUGGUUGAUGAAGUUGUGGAAGAAAACACAGUUGAGGCAGCAAUUCGCUUGGCAAACAAAGUGAUUGGCCAGCCACUGGGACCCCACAGGCUCAGCCUGAAGCCAGUUCCAAAACUGCCCAACAUGGAAGCGUUUCUCCGUGAAGCUCUUCUGAAGGUGAAGAAACGGGCCCACGGGUGUCUGGCUCCAGAGCUGUGCUUCCAGGCAGUCAGAGCUGCCACAGAACAGCCUUUUGCAGAUGGAGUCCGGAAGGAGCGAGAGCUGUUUAACAUCCUGCUGACCUCAGGCCAGGCACAAGCACUGCAGUAUGCUUUCUUUGCCGAAAGAUCAACGCAGAAGUGGACGACACCCAGUGGAGCUUCUUGGAAAAGUGCUUCCCCUCAGCCCAUCCGCAAAGCAGCUGUGAUAGGGCUGGGAACAAUGGGCCGAGGCAUUGUGACCUGUCUUGUUAAAGCAAACAUCCCUGUGGUAGCCCUGGAGCAGGACCUGAAGUAUCUGAACAUGGGAAGAAAAGCUGUGAUGCUCCUUUUGGACCAUGAGGCUAUGAAAAUGGAGCAGAGUGCCAAAACCCUGGAUUUCCAUAACCCUGCACGUCUCCAGUUCACUGUGAAUUUUGAUGCGCUGCGUGAUGUAGAUCUAGUCAUUGAGGCUGUGUUUGAGAAUAUGGCACUAAAGAAGGAAAUAUUCCACGAGCUGUCCAGAAUCUGCAAGCCAGGGGCCUUUCUGUGUACAAACACAUCAGCCCUGAACAUUGAUGAGAUAGCUUCUGCCACGAGCCGCCCGCAGCAGGUCAUUGGCAUGCACUUCUUCUCCCCUGCUCAUGUGAUGAGGCUAUUAGAAAUAGUAUAUGGCCAUCACACAUCCCCCACCACCAUUGCUACUGCUAUGCAGCUAGCCAAAGCACUGAAAAAAGUUGGUGUGGUGGUAGGGAAUUGUUUUGGAUUUGUUGGGAAUCGAAUGAUGUUUCCAUAUGUACAACAGGCAGUUUUUCUUUUAGAGGAAGGAGGCAGCCCAGAAGCAGUAGAUCAGGUUCUUGAAGAUUUUGGCUUUAAGAUAGGACCUUUCCGAAUGUCUGAUCUUGCUGGGCUGGAUGUGGGCUGGAGGUCUCGAAAGGACCAGGGCCUCACUGGGGCCUCACUGCCUCCAGGAACUCCUGCCCGCCAGCGGCACGGCCAUCGCUACAGCCCACUGCCUGAUCUGCUGUGUGAGAAUGGCAGGUUUGGCCAGAAAACUGGAAAAGGCUGGUAUCAGUAUGAAAAGGCUGGGGGCAGGGUAGCCAAGCCAGAUCCAUGGCUUCACAACUUUCUGUCCCAGUACAGAGAUACCCAUCACAUCAAGACCCACUUUAUAGACCAGGAAGAAAUCCUGGAGCGCUGUUUGUUUGCCCUCAUCAAUGAAGGGUUUAACGUUCUGGCUGAGGGAAUAGCAUCACACCCAGAACACCUGGAUAUAAUUUAUAUCAAUGGCUAUGGGUGGCCAAAACACAGGGGUGGUCCCAUGUUCUAUGCUUCCACCGUUGGGCUCCCUUGCGUUCUGGCUAAGCUGCAGAAAUACUCCAAGGCCCACCCUGAUGUUCCUGAACUACAGCCCAGUGCCUUUCUAAAAAAGCUGGUAGCUAUGGGGAACCCUCCCCUCAAAGAGUGGAUGUCCUACCUCAGCCGCCAGAGCAACAAGCUGUGAUUUCACUGAUGCUUGCUAUACACAUUCAAUGGAGGCCGAUCUCAUGAAACAGAUGCUGUAAUUGCACUGUCUUUUCCAAUCAAAACCAAAGUGCUAUAUGCUCAUAAACAAUGUCACUGGCCUUCAUGGGCAUUUGCAGAGAAUAGUUUGGCCAAUGAUUGCUUUCAGUUCCCCUCUUGCUGCAGGUAGCCACUGCCAUCACCCACCCUUCCUUCUCAGCACCAGCCUCACCCACCUUUGCACAUCGCUGUGUAAAUGCCCCUCUUAUUUUGUUCUGCCUUCAGGCCUUCACAGAUGUACAUCUCUUCUAGUCUGUGGAAGUGAGGGAGCAGCAUCCACAGCCUACAAAACAAAUAACUGUGGGAGGCAAGAGAGAGGUGAUCACAGUUCACCCAAGACCAGCUGAUCUACUGGAUCCUGUCUUAAAUCUACUUCCCAGUUUGUUCAGGUCUUUCCUGUGCAGCCCACCGCCACUGGAUUCCCUGGCUCUCUCCCAGAGAGCCAGCUGGAGGCUGUUGCCUUCCUGCUGCUGGGAGAGAGAUGGCACAAGGGGUGCAGCAUGAAGAGAUGAAGUCAAAUGAAUUGGAGAGAACAUGUUUGGGCAGAGAGAAAGGGGCAGGGCUGGUACUGUCCCUCUUCCUUGCUGCAGAGGAGAUCCUAAUAAAUGACACAGAAACCACAAACACAUUGACCUGACUAACCUGUCCUGUGGUGUUGGCUCACAACUGGCCUUCUGCAUCCAGAAUCCAUCCUCCAUCUUCAUUAUCCCCACCUGACUUUGUCCAAGCAGAAACAUCUUCUGGCAUCUCUUUAGAUGUGGCUAUGUGUUGGAUCACUCUCCCCAUCUUGCCUGCCUACAGUUACCAGGUCUUGGGGAUCAGCAUGCUCUAGUUGACCAGACUGAGACAUGGCAUGGUACUUACCGGGUUUCUACAAGAGCAGAGGACAUGCUGAGAAGUGCAUGGCUCAAGAGCUGUGCAGGCAGAAACAUUGCUGCAGACAGGCAGGGAGGUGGCAGGUCUCAAUCAGAGAGUAGAGCAGGGUGAAAGUGUGCCAGACUCACUCCAGGCUUGAUACUCUGGGACAAAAUCUCCCAUUUCUAUGUCUAGUGAAUGUAUCUUCCACAGAUGGGUUGUGUGGGGAAUAGGUUGGUGUGGAUUCUCUUCUCGGGGACGUUGGAUGUUUAACUUUUGCUUUUUAUUUUAAUAAAACUGCUUUAAAUAUCUAA